ACAACGAUAAAAAAGAAAAGUUGUUGGCAGCGAUGUGUGGAUGAUAAAUUCCGUUUCAUACCUCUCCUUCUUAUCCUUUCCUGGUCCUUCUGUAGUGUGGCGUAGAUCACUAUAGACCUGAAUCUCAUCUCUCUCUUUUUCUCUCCCUCGUUAAGUUUUAUCUCAUAUUGCCAUGGCUGCUGCUGGAGAAUUAGUAGAAUAUGAUGAUCCGGAAAUAAGGUUAUUAGGUCAGCAGCAAAUUGAAUCUGCUGAAGAUGGUGGUCAGGGGAGGAAUACAGAUGUUUUGGAUGGAUACAAGGAGCUGCACAAAGCAGCAAUAAAGGGUCACUGGGAUAUGGCUAGAAUGUUUUUGAAGAAGAAAAAAAACAAGGCUUCCGAAGACCCAUCACCGUCAUUUGAUCCUCUUCAUAAGCCAGCUUUAGCGUCAACGUCAUCAACAUUAUUGACACCAGAAGAGGAUACUAUCACUACUACUGCUGCUUCAGAUAAUUUAACUGCAAACAUGGAAAGGCCAUCAACAGUAUAUGAUAAUCAGGAGAUUACCCAGGUGAUAAAUGAUGAUCAUAAUGAUCAGGUAGAGGAAUCUGCUGAAGAUGGUGGUCAGGUGAUGAGUACAGAUGUUUUGGAUGGAUACAAGGAGCUGCACAAGGCAGCAGCAACAAAGGGUCGCUGGGAUAUGGCUAGAAUAUUGUUUUUGAUGAGGAAAAAAAACAAGCCUUCCCAAGACCCAUCACCGUCAUUUGAUCCUCUUCAUAAGCUAGCUGAAGAUGGUGGUCAGGUGAUGAAUACAGAUGUUUUGGAUGGAUACAAGGAGGUGUACGAGGCAGCAACAAAGGGUGAUUGGCAUACGGCUAGUAAGUUUUUGGAGAAAAACCCGGAAGCGGUUACAAAAGUGAUUACUAGUGAUUCACGAACAGUGUUGCAUGUAGCUAUAUGCACAGGGAAUCUGGUGUUUACCAAGGAAAUUGUGAAACUCAUGCCCCCUGAAGUCCUUGAAUAUAAAACAAGCAUUACUGGUGCUACAGCGCUUCAUUAUGCUGCUGUGUGUGGAUAUGCUAAAGCUGCUAGGGUGUUGGUAAACAAAAACAGCAAAUUGAUACAGAUUGAAGAUAGGUUCAAAAGGAUACCACUUCACUUAGCUCUAAUAUCAGCUACAGGUAGACAAAGAGGGACAGUUGAGUAUCUUUAUUCCGAGACUAGACACCACCACCCAAGUCAUUUCUCUGGUAACCAAGGUGAUUCUAUGUUGCGUCACUCGAUUGAUGCUGGUUAUUACGGAAUUGCAUCAUCUAUUGUCCAGCGAUUUCCAGAACUGGUUAUUGAUCACACAAACAAAGUACAAACAAAUGCAAUGAAUAACAUGGCAGAAAGGCCUUUUUCGUUUGCUAGUGGUGCUAAGCAUACAUUCUUGCAACGCCGAAUCUAUUCAUUGAUUAAAGUGGAAGUCACAAAUGAAGACGAAGAAAACCUUGGAAAAUACCCACCCGAGAAUUCAGAAGACAUGGAAGAAAACGACGGAAUUUUGGAACUUGAAAAUAUUAUAUUUCCUGGAGUAACUGUUCACGAUAUUAUUGUGGGAGCCAGUGCACUCUCCGGAGCUAUUAUACAUGUCCCCAUAUGCAUAAUUCUCGGCCUAAUUUAUUUCAUGCUCAUCCAUGGUUUCCUGGUUUUCCUCCGGCGCUUCAUCAUACCAUCGUCACCAGUGGUUAAAGUGGAAAAAAAUUCCGACGAAAGCCUUCCCCAAAGCUUGGAAGGCACCAAUGGAGACGAAGAGAACCUUGUUAAAACAACCGAAGAGUCCUACGAAGACCAAAUAAACCCACCAGAGAAUUCAGAAAACACAGCAGGAGAAAAAACUAAAGGGAUAGACAUUAAAGAUACGAUUAUAUAUAUGCAUGUCUACAUAUCAGCUCCUAUCUACGUACUUUUUUACCUAAUUUAUCUACUGAUUAAGUUCUCCGUGCGCUUCAUCUGUUCACCAGUGUCUCAUAUCAAACAGACAUACAAACAAGUAUAUGAAGAAAAAGUGAACCACAAAGAAGCCGAAGCCUUGGUUAAAAUUAUGUUAACAACACUUAAAGAAAGAAUGAACAGGGUGGAAGUAGUAGAUUUCUUUGGACGAUCUAACUUCAUGAAGAUGGCUAUAAGCCAUAGAAAUGUAGAGAUUGUACAGGUGUGUAUAAAACUCUUUCCAUACCUGAUUUGGACUCAACUAGCGGGACAAAAUAUGAUACAAAUGGCAAUUGCAGAACGAAAUGAAACAAUUUUGAAUAUUAUAUGUGAAGAAAGUGGAAAAAGUAAAAUAGAUUUAGUUUCUAGAUGUGAUGACGAGGAUAACACUAUCUUGCAUUAUGCUGCCAAAUUAGCGCCUUCUGCCCAACUUAAUUCAGUCUCAGGUGCAUAUCUUCAGAUGCAACGAGAAAAACAGUGGUUCAAGGGGGUGGAGAACAUGAUUCCGGAGAAGGAUAGAUUUAAGAGAAAUAAAAACGGGGAUACAGCACAUGAUAUAUUUACAAAAGAACACAAAGAGUUAAAGGAAAGUGGAGAGAGAUGGCUCAAGGACACAGCUGGAUCGUGUAUGCUAGUAGCUGCUCUCAUUGCUACUGUAUCAUUUGCUUCCGUUUUUACUGUUCCUGGAGGCAAUUUUAGUGAAAAUAAUAGCGGUAAGAUCGGCACCCCAGUUUUCUUGAGAGAAAUUUCAUUUACAGUCUUCGCAAUAGCCGAUGCUUUCGCUUUACUCUCUGCUAUCACAUCCGUACUAAUGUUUUUGGCCAUAUAUACUUCCCGGUAUGCGGAAGUUGAUUUUCUCAAGUCCUUGCCAAACAAGUUGAUACUAGGACUUACAACUCUGUUCAUAUCAAUGGCCAGUGUGUUGGUAGGUUUUGGUGCAUCGUUAUUUAUCGUGCUUGGGGAUCGAUACAGGUGGGUUCUCAUUCCUAUUGUGGUGGUUAGUUGUGUUCCUGUGACCUUGUUUGGAUGGUUGCAGCUACCAUUGUUUGUUGAUAUGAUUCGUUCCACAUAUUGGGGAAGCCUGUUUAGAGAACAUACAUAUAUCUCCAGCCUACAGCUGUAUUCAAAGAAAGAGUACCACGAGAACCACUACAAUAAAUUACCGACGUUUGUCGAGGGUUUUGUUCCUAAAAGGUUCCAGCCCUUGCCUACGUACCGUUAAUUUGGGUUGUGAACCUCUGUAUAUUUAUAUGAUGCGAAUUAGGGUCUUACUCUACUUUCGUGGUGAGUAUGAAUCCUCUUGAUUUUCCCAGCAUGUCUCCUGAAAUAAAUUGCAUUAAUCUGCCCUGCA